CAGCUAUUACCAACCAAGUAUUUUGGUGAUUCUCCAGGGGGCAUGAAAGCCACUGAGGGCGUCAAGUUUAUAUCGGAUAUUGAUAAAGAGGGCUUUCCUGUUUUGCGAGUUGAAACUGUUAUUGAUGAAGUAAUCAAGGAAAGAAGAGUGUUGGAAAAUUGA